AGAGGGACUCGCUUCCGCCCCGCCAUUGGGCGGGUGAGGCCAUCUUACGUGUGUGUAAUUAAGGGCUGUGGGUGGAUUGGCUCCGCAUCUGGGUUCGUCCGCUGUUCUCUUACCAGGGUCGGAGCCGGAGCCCUGCCCUGCGGGGUGGGGACCUCCUAACGGCCUACUCCUUUCCAGGUGAAGGGUGACCCCGGUACGUUGGUGCUUUGGGCGAGCCUCCCCGCACCCUCCUACGGGACCCCAGGAGAGACCCUUCGUCCUCGCUGACCCACCCUAGGGUAGGAGACAGAAAAUGGGAAGCUUCUCUAGAUUCUUUCCUCUCCGCUCUCCCACACAAAAAAAGCUGAAGAAAAACUUAAAUUCUGGAAAUAGCGACUCAUUAUCAUGGCCAGCAGCCUUAAUGAAGAUCCAGAAGGAAGCAGAAUCACUUAUGUGAAAGGAGACCUUUUUGCAUGCCCCAAAACAGACUCUUUAGCCCACUGUAUCAGUGAGGAUUGUCGCAUGGGUGCGGGGAUAGCUGUCCUCUUCAAGAAGAAAUUUGGAGGGGUGCAAGAACUGUUAAGUCAACAAAAGAAAUCUGGAGAAGUGGCUGUUCUGAAGAGAGAUGGGCGAUAUAUAUAUUACUUGAUUACAAAGAAAAGGGCUUCUCACAAACCAACUUAUGAAAAUUUACGGAAGAGUUUAGAAGCCAUGAAGUCCCAUUGUCUGAGAAAUGGAGUCACCGACCUCUCCAUGCCCAGGAUUGGAUGUGGUCUUGAUCGUCUGCAGUGGGAAAAUGUAUCUGCAAUGAUCGAGGAGGUAUUUGAAGCAACAGACAUCAAAAUUACUGUGUACACACUCUGAACAGAUGAACAUUUUGGAUGUGUCCAUGUUCUCCUGUGUCAUUCCUACUGGGCCAUAGGGACUGGGCAAACCAGCCUUAAAAUGGGCAGAGGAAAAUUUCAUGUGAAGUAGUCCGUGUUGCAGGCCAGACUUGGGUUGUUGUAUUCCAGUAUUUGGACUGGGACUCUGGAGGAGGGAUUACUUGGGAUAUGUUGCUGUGUUUUGUCAGGAAGGUAAGGAGUGGGUGGCCUGAUAUUCGGCAGGGAAACCAGAUUGUUGGGCCUAUGACUAUCUCUGUUUUGCUCCAGUAUGCUGCCUGAUUUGUCUGUCUGGCCACUAGGUGGCAGCAUUGAUUCUUUCUCUGCUUUUUAAGAGAAAUUUCGGGAGGGAUGGUCAUUUCAUUUAGUUUGGCAUCUUUUGUUGUUUGUCCACUUAACUUGCUGUUAUUCUUAUGUCAUCAGAUUCAUCCUAGGAGAGAGUUAGGGGUUAUUCUAUUUUGUUUAAUUACAGAGUUGAGUUCUACAUUGUUAAAGAAUUUGUGGUGACGAAAAUGAAAAAAUAAAUUUUUUUCAUGAGGUUCUGUGCUCA